GAAGCAAAGAAUAGACUGAUAUACCUCAAGAACAGGGCAGCAUGGAGUCAGGGACAGCUACAUGCUGAAAAAGGUCACCACUGCUCCCCAAUGCACAAUAAUAAGGACCAACAUGAGCUACUGGGUACAGCUCAGACUUCUCCUGUGGAAGAAUUUCACCUAUCGGAAACGGCAAACUAUUCAACUGGUUAUUGAGCUUUUAUGGCCCCUCUUUCUCUUCUUUAUAUUAAUCUCAGUACGCCAGUCCCACCCACCAUUUGAGCAACAUGAAUGUCAUUUUCCAAACAAAGCACUACCAUCAGCAGGGACACUGCCAUGGAUACAGGGAAUCAUCUGUAACGUUAACAAUCCUUGUUUCCAGCAUGCUACACCAGGAGAAACUCCAGGAGUUGUGGGGAAUUUCAACCAAUCCAUUGUUUCUCGUUUGUUCUCUGAUGCUCAGAAGGUACUACAUCAUUCCAACCAGGAAUAUGCUCUGCAGAGCUUCCAUCAACUUAUGAGUACAUUGAGAAAGCUGAAUGAAAACAACCGUCCAUUGUCAGGUCUGCCACUACAGGAAUACUUGGAGAAGAAUCAGACCCUGUCCCAAUUCCUCAUGAACAAUGCAUCACUUCCUAAAGAGGUGGUUAAUGACUUGAUGACUGCAAAGAUAAAUCUCGAGCAGAUAUCCCUUGCUGGUCUAGGGGGAAGUUUAAAAGAGAUUGUUUGCAACAUAUCCUAUCACUCCAGUUUCCUAACUGUAAAGAACAAGAAGGCCUUCAACCGUUUGCACAAGAAUCUGUGUGCCUUACCGGAGGAGACACUGCAAAAAGCAGCAACUAUUUUCUUCUCAGAAAUCAACUUCUCCAAACUCUUGGCGGAGAGGGUUGCAUUUAGUGCUGAGAACAUACUUGAUGUAUCUAAUACUUUGAACGAUAUUAUACACCGAAUUGGAUCUCUUGUUCAACAGUUAUCCAACAUGACGAGUUUUUCUGAAUUCUGGGAUGAAGUUCAGUGGUUAACAAAUCCAAACACAACUGGAUCACCAAAAAUGAUGUUUCAGGCAAUAUCCAAGAUUGUUUGUGGGCAUCCAGAUGGAGGUGGUCUGCGCAUACCUUCACUGAACUGGUAUGAAGAUGAUGACUACAAGGCCUUAUUUGGCAGGAACAGCACAAAUGAUGGAAUGAUCACAUUUGACAAUUCAACACCACCUCACUGUAAAGAUCUGAUUAAGACUCUUGAAUCUAACCCAGUCUCUCGGAUUAUGUGGAGAGGCAUCAAGCCACUUUUUGUGGGGAAAAUUCUAUACACUCCAGAUACUCCAGCUACACUGAGGAUAAUGAAAGAGCUUAACAGAACAUUUGAGGAUCUUGGUUUGUUGCGGGAAGUGCGGGGAGCAUGGAACGAAACUGGGCCGCAGAUCUGGAAGUUUAUGGAAAAUAGUAAGGAAAUCAAUCUCCUGCAGGAAAUACUAAAGAACCCUGCGGUCUCCAGCCUCAUUGACCUACAGCUCAAUUCUACCUCUUGGAGUACAGCAAGUAUAGUUAGUUUCCUGUCAAACCAAACUCAGGAGAGUGAAAAAUCUGUUUACACAUGGAAACAAGCUUACAAAGAAGUAGAUCAAAUGGUCAACUCUUUGUCACAAGUCAUUGAGUGCAUAUCCUUGAACAAAUUAGAAGCUGUCCCGACUGAAGAGAAGUUGGUGGUCCGGGCAUUGCAGCUCCUGGCAGAGAGACAAUUCUGGGCUGGCGUUGUGUUUAUGAACGAGGAACAGAUGGGCACUGAGCUACAUAAUCUUCAGCCACACAUCAAAUACAAGAUCAGAAUGGACAUUGAUGAUGUCACUCGGACCAAUAAAAUCAAGGACAGGUUUUGGGACCCAGGACCUGCAGCAGACCCAUUUGAUGAUCUGCGGUAUGUUUGGGGUGGAUUUGUCUACAUCCAGGAUUUGGUGGAGCAGGCAAUUAUUCGAGUCCAGACUGGUGAAGACAAGAAGACUGGGAUUUAUUUACAGCAGAUGCCAUACCCAUGCUAUGUAGAUGAUGUAUUCUUGCGAGUUUUGAACCGUUCAUUGCCCCUUUUCAUGACAUUGGCUUGGAUUUACUCGGUUGCAAUGAUAAUCAAAGGGAUGGUUCAUGAGAAGGAGGCACGACUGAAGGAGACGAUGAAGAUGAUGGGGCUGACUAAUGGAAUAUUGUGGAUCAGCUGGUUCAUCAGUAGCUUUAUCCCUUUCCUCAUCAGUUCUGCUUUUCUUAUUUUAAUCCUGAAGAAAGGAGGGAUUCUCCCCUACAGUGACCCCUCUGUCGUGUUUGUAUUCCUUGCAACAUUUGCGGUUGCUACCAUCAUGCAGUGUUUCCUGAUCAGCACCUUCUUCUCUGGAGCAAACCUAGCAGCUGCAUGUGGAGGAAUCAUCUACUUCUCGCUCUACCUCCCAUAUGUCCUGUGUGUUGCCUGGAGAGACCACGUCACUUACACACUCCGAAUAUUUGCAAGCCUUUUAUCUCCAGUUGCAUUUGGUUUUGGAUGCGAAUAUUUUUCUCUCUAUGAAGAGCAAGGAAUUGGUAUUCAGUGGUUUAACCUCCUUUCCAGUCCAGUGGAGGACGAUGCAUACAAUUUUAUUACUUCUAUCAUCCUCAUGCUGUUUGACGCUGUCUUGUACGGCAUUGCCACGUGGUACAUUGAAGCAGUGUUUCCAGGUCAAUAUGGAGUCCCCAAACCCUGGUAUUUUCCUGUCCUCCGGAGUUACUGGUGUGGAGAACUAUAUUCGAAUGAGGAUCUGAUUCAACAUUCUGAUAAUGGAGAUACUAAAAAAGUCCACCUGGAGAAGGAACCAACUCACCUCAAACUGGGCGUGUCCAUCCAGAGGCUAGUGAAGGUUUAUGGGAAUGGGAAGAAGGUGGCUGUUAAUGGACUUAGCCUUAAUUUCUAUGAAGGGCAAAUCACUUCAUUCCUUGGGCACAAUGGAGCUGGAAAAACAACCACCAUGUCUAUUCUUACUGGAUUGUUUCCACCCACCUCUGGUACAGCAUAUAUUCUGGGUAGAAAUAUCUUCACUGAGAUGGAUACCAUCAGAAAGUCUCUCGGGAUAUGUCCACAGCAUAAUGUACUUUUUGACAUACUAACUGUGGAGGAACACAUCUGGUUCUAUGGAAGGCUGAAGGGUCUGACAGAGGAGGAGGUAAAAGAAGAAAUAAAGCUGAUGAUUGACGACGUAGGUUUGGAGCACAAACGUCAAGAACAAACAAAAAAUCUCUCGGGUGGCAUGCAGCGAAAGCUUUCAGUUGCCAUAGCAUUUGUCGGUGGGUCAAAGGUUGUUAUUUUAGAUGAGCCGACUGCUGGCGUUGACCCUUACUCCCGCCGAGGAAUAUGGGAGCUCCUACUCAAAUAUAGAAAAGGCCGCACUGUUAUAUUAUCAACCCAUUAUAUGGAUGAGGCAGAUCUCCUUGGAGACAGAAUUGCCAUUAUCUCCCAUGGAAAGCUCUGCUGCUGUGGCUCUUCGCUCUUCCUCAAAAACCAUUUGGGAACUGGCUAUUACUUGACAUUAGUUAAAAAGGAAAAUGAUAAGACAACACCAGCCAGCUCCAGUAGCACCACCAUCGGUAUGAGAAAGGAUGACAGUGAUUCUGAAAGAAGUUAUGAUACUGGGCUUGGUAGUGAACAGUACAGCGAAACUGGUGCACUGGAUGUGUCAACUGUUUUAGCUCUGGUGCAGAAAUAUGUUUCUGACACUCGUCUGGUGGAGGAUUUUGGCCAUGAAAUGACUUAUGUUUUACCCUAUAUUGGGGCAAAAGAUGGUGCAUUUGUGGAACUCUUCCAGGAACUGGACAACCGUCUCUGUGAGCUCGGAAUUUCCAGUUACGGUAUCUCAGACACCACCCUUGAAGAGAUUUUUCUCAAAGUGGCUGAAGAUACAGGAGUGGACAGUGAUGUUGCAGAUGGAAAUGUCCCUAUUAAAAGAGUCAGAUGUUCAAGAUCGAGUGAGCACACACUCCAGCCUGUCAGUGAGGAAGGGGAUUUUGACUUGCCUGAUGCAGAACAUGUAAAAAGGAAGGUACGAACAAAAGAAUCCAAAGAAACAGACUUCAUGCACUGUGCGGAUGGCAGAGGCUCAUACCAGUUGCAUGGUUGGGAGCUCACCCGACAGCAGUUCCACUCUCUGUUCAUCAAACGAUUUCUCUAUGCCCGACGAAGCCACAGGGGACUCUUCGCUCAGAUUGUGCUGCCUGCAAUGUUUGUCUUUGUUGCCCUACUCUUUAGUCUUAUUGUGCCUCCAUUUGGGAAGUAUCCAUCAUUAGAACUGAAUCCCUGGAUGUAUGGAGAACAGUACACUUUCAUCAGUGAUGAUAUGCCGGAGGAUUCCAAUACUCGUGAGCUGAUCAGUGCACUCCUCAGUGACCCUGGAUUUGGUACUACGUGUAUGGCAGAUGGUUUGAAUGUAGACCAACAUUGCUCACCAGGCAGUACUGAAUGGAUAACUCCCCCUGUCCCAGGAUCAGUCAUGAACAUUUUUCUCAGUGGUAACUGGACGAUGCAGAACCCGUCCCCGACAUGUGAAUGUAGCUCGGAAGAGAGCAAGAGGAUGUUGCCUGAAUGUGGACAAGGAGCAGGAGGGCUUCCACCCUCUGAGUUGCAUCGGAAUACUGGAGACAUACUUCAGAACCUAACUGGCAGAAAUAUCUCUGACUAUCUUGUGAAGACCUACCCCCAAAUCCUUAGUAAAAGUCUGAAAACCAAGAAGUGGGUGAACGAGUUCAGGUAUGGAGGAUUCUCCUUUGGAGCAAGAAGUUCCCAGAUUUUACCUUCGCUGAAUGAAGUUAAUAACUCUGUCAUUGAAAUCAGGUCACGACUCAAUGUCACAAAGGGAAGUUCCACAGACCGACUGCUGGGAAAUAUUACAAAGUUUAUCAAAGGGCUGAACACAAAAAACAAUGUAAAAGUGUGGUUCAACAAUAAAGGUUGGCACGCUAUGGUGAGCUUUGUGAACGUUAUGAAUAAUGCAGUACUGAGAGCAAAUCUUCCACUUGGAAAAGAUCCCAGACUGUUUGGGAUUACAGCCUUCAACCACCCACUCAAUUUGACCAAAGAGCAGCUUUCUGAGGUUGCAUUGAUGGCUACCUCUGUUGAUGUGCUUGUCUCCAUUUGUGUCAUCUUUGCCAUGUCCUUUGUGCCAGCCAGUUUUGUUCUCUUCCUCAUCGAAGAGCGUGUCAGCAAGGCUAAGCACCUUCAGUUUGUUAGUGGCGUGAAACCUGGCAUUUAUUGGCUUGCUAACUUUGCAUGGGAUAUGUGUAAUUAUGCAGUACCUGCUACAAUGGUUGUCACCAUCUUCAUCUGUUUCCAACAAAAAUCCUAUGUGUCUGCCUCCAAUUUGCCAGCGCUGGUUCUCCUGCUGUUCCUCUAUGGGUGGUCCAUCACUCCCCUUAUGUAUCCAGCCUCCUUUCUGUUCAGCAUUCCGAGCACAGCCUAUGUGGUGUUGACCUGUGUUAAUCUGUUCAUCGGCAUCAAUGGCAGUGUGGCCACCUUUGUCCUGGAGCUCUUCACAGACAAAAAAUUGAAUGAUGUCAAUCGAAUCCUGAAGAAAGUUUUCCUCAUUUUCCCACAUUUCUGCCUGGGUCGAGGAUUAAUAGACAUGGUGAAGAAUCAAGCCAUGGCAGACGCUUUGGAGAGGUUUGGAGAGAAGCAGUUUGUGUCUCCACUCUCCUGGGACCUGGUGGGGAAGAACAUGUUUGCUAUGGCUGUCCAGGGAGCCGUCUUCUUUCUGUUCACAAUUCUAUUGCAGUAUAAAUUCUUCAUCAAAAUGAGGCCUGUGUCAUUAAAGCUUCUGCCAUUGGAAUCAGAAGAUGAGGAUGUAUCCAGAGAGAGGCAAAGGGUCAUGUAUGGUGGGACUGAGGGUGACAUUCUAGUUAUCAAGGAUCUCACCAAGGUUUACAGAAGGAAAAAGAAACCAGCUGUGGAUCGAUUGUGUGUGGGAAUUCCCCCAGGGGAGUGUUUUGGACUUCUGGGGAUCAACGGAGCUGGAAAAACAUCCACCUUCAAGAUGCUGACAGGAGACACUGAGGUCAGCAGUGGUGAGGCCUUCCUUGAUGGAUAUAGCAUUCUGUCCAAUAUCCAGGAUGUCCACCAAAACACUGGGUACUGCCCCCAGUUUGACGCCAUCAACAAACUGUUGACAGGACGAGAACAUCUGGAGUUCUACUCACGGCUGCGUGGUGUUCCUGAACAUGAGGUUGCUAAGGUCACUGAAUGGGGCAUAAAGAAACUCGGGCUCUCGCGUUACGCAGAUAGACCUUCCGGCACGUACAGUGGUGGCAACAAACGAAAGCUGUCCACUGCCAUUGCAUUGAUUGGAUGCCCACCUGUUAUUUUCCUGGAUGAACCUACAACUGGAAUGGAUCCCAAGGCCAGGAGAUUCCUUUGGAAUUGUAUCCUGAGUGUAAUCAAGGAAGGGAGAUCAGUGGUACUGACCUCACACAGCAUGGAGGAGUGUGAGGCUCUGUGCACGCGGAUGGCCAUCAUGGUGAACGGGCGAUUCCGCUGUCUGGGCAGUGUGCAACACCUGAAAAGCAGGUUCGGAGACGGUUAUACCAUAAUUCUGAGGAUGCAUUGUUCUGCACUGGACCUGUCCCCUGUGGAAGAAUUCAUGCUCUGCACAUUCCCAGGAUGUGUAUUGAAAGAAAAGCACCACAGCAUGCUGCAGUACCAGAUACCAACUGGGUGCUGCUCCCUGGCCAAAAUCUUCAGCGCACUCACGAACAACAAAGAAAAGCUGAAGAUUGAAGACUAUUCAGUGUCUCAAACUACAUUAGAUCAAGUAUUUGUUAAUUUUGCCAAGGAUCAGAGUGAAGAAGAAUAUUUAAAGGACGUUGUAACACAUGGGCCACAAUAUAAGGAAACUGUAAAGCGCAUCACAAACUUUCUAGCAGAUGAUAAUGUGAGAGAGAGUUCAGUAUGAUCUGGGUAUGAAUGAAAUCGCUUCCCAGCUGAACUGCAUAUAGAAGAUUCCAAAACACGGUGAGUUGAAGGAUUGUGCCUGAACUGAGCUAUCAGUUACUGGACUAUUGAUGACAACCCUGUCCACUCCUCUGCAAGGACUCUAUUAACACCACCACCCAAUCUCCAAUGCCUCCCCCUCUGACCACCUCCCACAGCCCACUCCACCCCACCAUCCUCCACCCUAUUUCAAGUUACCAUUAGUCAACAGGAUAAAAACAAAGCUUUUAUUUUUUAAAUUAUUCCUUUCUGUAUUUGUAUGAAUGAUGAAACAUGUACAGACUGAUUUAUUUAUACGGUUUCUUUCUACACUUUCAGUACUUUUUAAGCUUUUUAGCACUUGCAGCAAAUGUUUACCUAGCACUUUAUUCCUGGAGUUUUCUUAAACUGAAUUGAAUGAAAGUAAAUGAUACAUUGCAGUAAACCUCUAUUUAUUCCAUGUCUGUGGUUCCACAGUGACAAGAGUGAGCCACAAUGCUGAUAAAGGGUGGUAUGCUGCCAGAUGAGAGAGUAGAAAGAGAGAGAGAGGACUCUGGGCAUUAAAGGCUUUUUAUUGACAAUGGAUAAGGAGAGAGGAAAAGGAAAUUGGAAGGGCUAAUUUGGCUCAUUAUGCUAGCUUGUCUGAUAGUUGGAAUCUGCUUGUAGAUUGUACCUAAGCCUUAACUAAACUGCUGUAAACUGAGUUAUAGAAGGCAGCCUUAGCUGUAGGGAGCCAUUACGAAUUUCAACUUCCAGGCCCUUCCUUCCCAAUUAAAAGUCAGGAUGUGUUGCUCUGAUCAUUGUGUAUUUAAGUUUCAGUGAUUCAGUAGAAACUAACUUCAGUCGGCCCUGCAUUCAACAGGAUUCAUUCAAGCAUUCUCAUCUGAGUCAAUAGGUUGUGGGUUCACAUUCCACUCCACGAGUAUAUGCUGUGCACGGGCUAACAGUUCUUGAUUUUCUAAAGAUGAUCAAGUCAUUUAGAGGAGACAAGUUAAUGUAAAAAUAAACUCCACCCCUUAAAUUCACAAAAUACUUUUGUUCACAAUUGCUAUGAACAAUUAAAGUUGACACCCAACUUCCAGUCACAGUUUUGCACUAAUGUGCAACUGAAGUGCAAUUUUUUAUGGUUGUUUCUUGGAUCUCUGGUUUUCAAAAACUGCAUUAUAAUCCAUGAAGUGCUUCUGAAGUGUGGACGUUAUUAAUUAAUUUUCACACAGGAAUCUCUGGCAAAGGAAUAAUGACCAGAGAAUAUGCUUUAGUGAUGUAAAUGGAGGGACAUGAGGAUAAUUCCCCUGCUUUUCAAGUGGAGCAGCGGAAUCUUUAAUAGCCACUUGAGGGAAGACAGCCUCAGCCUUGGCCUUAUCUGAAGAAUGGUGCAUACGACAGUGCAGCACUCCUUCAAUAGGAUACUGGUGUCAGCCUAGAUUAAGUACCAGAGAGACCUGAAUUCAACCAUUUGAUUCAGAGGGAAGAAUGAUAUCAUUGGGCCACAACUCACUAUAAUGUAUUAGCAGGAAAGGACUUGAGACUAUUACAUUCACUGGGAUAUGCACCCUUCAAUAUAGCUUUACCCUUGGGGCAGCUUCAUCCAAAGGUGCAUUUAACAAAAAGGGUCUUUUAUUAGGCUGCUGCACCAGACUGACUGUGAAAGGGGCAUAUUUAUUUCACGACUGUUUAUAACUGUUAACCAAGCAUGAUUCUUCAUGCUCCAGUGUAUCCAGGAUUCUUGGUCCAAGUAGCAUCAACUCAGACCAUAAUUUAAUGUAUCAGUAGCUGAUGCAUUCCAUUUAACAGAUGCUUUUCUGUGAAGGCUUUUUGCAACCAAUCAGAAAUUUCAAGGAUCCUGCACUUAAUGACAUGGGUAGGAAAAGGGACAGGGUUCAAGUUUACCCCCAUCACACCACACCUGAUAACAAAAACUGUCUGCAGGGCACUUGGAGUCAGGGCAGUAACUUAGUCCCCAGGGUACUGCUUGCUUCCUUUAAGAAUGUAAAUUUAGCUCUUGUUUGAGGCCUUUAAAGAAAUCUCCUGCCAGAAAACACUGGAGAACUGCUAUAUACAUGCAGAUCUUGGACCCGCCUGUAACUUCAGUUCAUUGCAGAUGGUAACUUUGCAACCAGGCCAAACCUGCUGAGAGAUGCAUCAGGAGAAGGAAGUUGAAAUUAGUAAAUUCUCUUAGGUUACUUUUGAAACUAGCUUUGGGUUGGUCAAGAAAGCGAUAGACUUCUCCUGCCCCGAACAUCUAACCCCAAUUAUUCACCACCCACCGAUUCCUGGAAAUGAGGCCUGGCAUUAACAUUACACCAGUGAAGGAGUUAUGUCCACAUCCUCUUUAGCCCAGCACCCUGGCAUCAAUCUCAUCCAACUUAAAACUGAACUCAAUAUAGCAGUGAGAUUUAUGCAUGAUAUAGGGGCACACGCAGCCCAGCUACCUGCACAUAUGGCCCUCAACUUGGCUGCAACUUGCAUAUCCCUGGGUCCCUGUCCACUGGUUUAUUAAACAGCAUGCUGAUGGGAUUUGAUUCAAUGUGGUCUCUUCUCUCCUCGUCUUUCUUUGUUCUGAAAGCAGAUAGCCACUGUUAGCACAUGGUACUGUUCCAACUUCCAGAGCCAUUAAUUAGAAUUGAGGGACUUGUAGGUUAUUUUCUUUCCCUGUGAAGAAGGGCCUCCAUUUGGCAAUUGGCCAUGACAGGCUGACUGAGAACAGCAGCUUGGAUGUGUGGGCAAAUCACAAGUACUGAUAUAUCAUUCCGAAAGGAGUGUUCCUGCCCUUCAAGGAAGGUGUUAGUUGUGGCUGAUGAUAAAAACUUAGCAAUUCUGGUGUAUCCUCAAAAAAGAAUUCCACCUCACUGCUGUUUCAUGCUGUAUUGGUCAUUCAGUGAACCCUGUACUCCAUUGAUAAGUAGCCAUCAAGAAUGUUUAAGGUGAAUUGAGUGGUACUGUGCAAAAAUUUAGCUAAUUAUACCAUUCCUGCAAAGUCUAAAGUUAGACAUUUCCCUCUGGUACUGUCUGAUGGCGAAGAACUACAGAUAAGCCAGCACUUGAAAACAACCUAAAACUGAUUUUUGAAAGUUACAUUCUUAGCUAUUUUGCGCUUCUGUUAAUUUGCACUUUAGUAUUUGAGGACUGUACUAAGCAGGAAAAAUCAGCAGAGAACAAAAAGCCAUGUAUAUAUUGAGAAUGAAGUGAUUAUUAGUUAAUGAACUGUAAGCAGAGCAUUGAAAGGAAUUGCAACAUUGGAAAUUCAUCCAGUUCUCUAUGUUAUCCUGCUGAAAAGAAGAGAAAGUCUGGAGAAGGGGUACUUUUUGUUCAAAAUAUUGGUCAAAUGUGACAAGAGAUAAAUGUCCAUGCCAGAAUUUCUUUAUUAAGCAUAAUUUUUCUUAAUCGCAUGCAGACCCAGUAUCUAGUGGGUAUGAAUGGGUCUGGAGCUCGAAGGCUUUUUCCAAAGCCUUGACCUAUGCAAUGUUUCCUAUGAAGCCACUCAGGGAUGUUCCUUGCCACCAGUAACACUGGAGAAGCCCAGCAGGGAGUGAAGCCCAACUCUAGGGUCUUUGCGUGAAAAGCACCAGUCAGAAUUCUUAUCCAUCUCUUUCUCCUUAACACAGAAAUAUUUUGAGCAGAGAACUACCCUGAAGAAAAAUUGCUGCUGCUUCACUUGCACAAGUUUAGGAGUAAAUUUAAUGAUAAACUGUAACAUUAUUUUCAGAAUAUUUUGGAGGACAUUUUUGGGGCAGUCUAGAAACUGUGCAUCAAGCCUGUGUAGAACCUGAUGUGGGAGGAGUCAAUUCUACCACUGAGUGCAAAUUGUUUAAUCUACUAGUUUUUGAUCAACUUGAUAAAGAGCUUUGAGGAAGAGGGAAGUUAGUUGAUUGUAACCAAGGUGACAGGAGAGGAUCUACACUUGACUUUAGUGACUGUAUACCUGGGUAGAAUUAACCAGGGUUCCUGCACCAGGCAGCAACCUAGUAACCCCUGACUGAGAGCACGUGUGUGGCUCUAGGUGAUACUGCCUCUAUUACUGAACCCGGUUGAUCCACUGACUCUGGGAAUCAAGCUCAGAUGAUUUGAAAACUAAUGUUCAUGACAUGUUAUGGUGACACCGAUGUGGAAAUGCUGAAAAUCUGAUUCAGAUGGGGUUCAUCCAAAUCACAUUCCAGUGUUCUUAAGGUCAUUUUAUGGGUGACAUUUUUUCUGAGUACACAAUGCACAAGAAUAAAGUAUGUGUAUUUGAGCCGAGUUAUACCUUUCUAAAGCUGCUCUUAAAGUUGCCUCUGUUCUUGGUCCCACUCAUUAAUAUUGUAUUGGACUGUGUACAAAGUUUUGACAAAAUAAAGACCUACA